GGUGUCCGGUUGAUAUCGGUGUCGGGUGGUGGGUUGCGAGCAGACGCUUCCCCUCGCAUCGCACUCCAUCAUGGCCAAACGCAAGUCACCGCCCGUAACAUUCGCCCAGAUCGCCAAGAAGAGCUCACUCGGCAAUGCUCAAGAGAACAUCACAUCAGCGCACCCCAGACCACCUGGCCCACAGCCACAGAGGAGCUUCAUCGUGGCCUUGGUCAAUGCUGCGAAUACUGGAUGUGUCUCUUCCAUGGCAAAAUUAGCGUACCACUACGCAAAGGGAGAUGGCGUCGAAAAGAACGACGUCAUCGCAUCCAAGUGGUUCAUCCACGCUUCCAAGCAUGGUCAUCUACCCUCGCAGUAUGCACUGGGAGUACGCUACCAGAAUGGCAUUGGUCUCCCAAUCGACCAUGUGAGAGCCGCCAGGCUACUGACUGGGUGUCUGGAGAAGCUGCCGAAUGGAUCAACCGCACCGAUCGAGCAAUAUCUCACCAACGAUAUCCUCGACCAGCAAGAUCUUGUGCUGGCUGCGAAAGCGUACUCUAUACUGGCCGCGAGGAACAACGCCGAGGCACAGUUUCGUCUUGGCCGAUGCUAUCGCGAUGGCAUCGGAGUCCCCAAGAAUCACCAAGAAGCAUUCUGCAACUUCCGAAAGGCUGCUGAGGCGGAGAACCUCACCGGCUGCUUCGAGGUUGGGAUGUGUUACCUCAAUGGCAUAUAUGUCGACAAGGACUCGGCCAGAUGUCUCAAAUGGCUUGUUCUCGCAGCCGAUGGUGGUCUGGCCUGUGCUCAGAAUGUCAUUGGCACACUCUACUUCGAUGGCAUCGGCAUCACCAGAGACAGCCAAGUCGCAUUUUCAUGGUUCAAGAAAGCCGCCGACCAAGGACAUGUCAGUGCACAGUACAACAUCGCCUGUGCAUACUACGAGGGUGAUGGUGUAGAGAAGGACUACCACAAAGCAUUCGAGUUCUUCUCCAAGGCAGCGAGUCAGUCGUUUGCCGAGGGUAUCUCGGGACUCGCAACAUGCUACCAUUUUGGCCGUGGUACCAGUCGCUCCAUUGCCAAGGCGUUCGAAUUGCACGUUCAAGCCGCCACACUUGGGUCAAAGUUCUCUUUCGAGGAGAUCAGCCUCAAAUACUUCAAAGACUUUGACGACAACCAAGUCAACGCCAUCAUCAACAACACCACAAAGGAACUCCCCUCGGCGAUGCGACACUUGGCUCGCCGCUAUUCCGAUGGUGUGGGUUUUGCCAGAAACCCUGAGGUGGCCAAGGAAUUGUACGCCAGAGGUGCUGAGCUCGCCUUGCGCCAGAUGGAAUGAGCGCCGUGGUGUUUGCUGCAAAC